UUCUUAUCCAUUCAUGCAUCUUCAACUUGGUUCUCAAACUACUCUCUCUUCUACUUUAAUUUCAAGACUAAAAAAUGGCUUCUAGUCUCCUCAAAAUCAACUUACAAACUAUCCACACUUCAAAGCAUUCAUUCCAAUUGCAACAUCAAACUACAACUCCUUUUCCAUCUCUUCCGUUCUCUACACAAAACCAGAAUCACCAUUCCAAUCUCUCCAUCUUCCCCUCAAAAUCCCUCCACAGAGCAAAAGUCCGUCCUCCAUCCGUCGUCAAAUCUUCUCUCUCCUCCUCCACCCCACCCACCUCCAAAGAAGAAGCCAUCCUCCAAGCCAAAACCUCCCUCUCAACCAUCCUAUCAAAGCCUCUCAACAACCCCAAACUCGCCGGAAAACUCAAGAAACUGAAGCAACCCAGAUUCCGAGUCGAAAUCCCCCUCGUGGAUGACUCGCCAACCUCGCUGUCCCAACUUGCUCUCGAGGUGUUUGGAGAAAUACCCAUAAGAAGAAAAGGCUUUCCUGUCAAGAUUAUGAUCUUGUGGCAAAAUCCUUCUUUAACAGAAGCUGCCAUUGAAGCCUUUGAGUCUCUCUCAUCAAAUUUGGUUGAACACUUUGACAUUUCAUCAAUUACCACCAAUGAUGAUACCAGAGUUCUGAAUUCUGCUGAGGUGGCAGUGUUUAUGGCGCCAGAGGCUUCAGAAUUGGCAGUUAUGAAAAGGGUUGCUGACAGUUUGUACCCAAAGCCAGUGGUGAUUUUCAAUCCCAGAUGGGGGUUUGAGGAGGAGAGCAGUUUUGGUGAGUUGGGUGGGUUUGUGGGCUCGUUUGAGGUGGUUUAUUCAUUCAUGGGGUUGGAGGUGAGAGGGGUUUUGAGUAAGAGGAAAGGUGUGAUCUUCAAGUGUGUUAGAGAUGGGGUUUUGAGUGGUGAGAAAUGGAAUGUGUUUGUUGAAGAAGAACAAGGAGAACUGAAAGUGGUUUCAAGUUUCAAAGCGCGGCCAUCGAUCGUGGAAGUUGAGAAUGUUUUGUACAAUUUAAUGGCUAUGAAUUCGCCUGUUACGAAGUCUGCAAAGUUUUUGAAGGAUUUGGUGUCGAAUGUGACCGGUAGAAAGUGAGUCCAAUUGAACAUCUGAAAUUUUCCUUCUUUUGUUUGACAAACUUUUUGUUGAAAUGCCUGAAUGAAUGGAGUUGCACUGAACUGUUAGUAACCCUUGUAUAGCAUUUAAUUGAUUGUUCGGUAAAAAAAUUGUAUUACUUUGAGGAAAAAGAAGAAGAAAAAAAAAAGGUGAAGAAAGAACAAUGGGAAGCUAAGAGGGGAAAAUUUGAAGGUGCUCUCCAUCUCUCUCAUCCACACGCAUACUAUAAACAUUUAAUAUAUGCACAUGUAAAACAAGCCAAUAUAGGGCAUUCCUAUCUUUUCUUGUGCUUUUUUUUUGUUUGUUUGGGCGAAUAUCUUUUCUUGUGCUUGCAUUGAUCUUUCAGUCUACAUCUAUAAGAUUGAGGAUUUAUUUACCCA